UCUCAUAUUAUUCAAUUUAAAUGUCAGUUUCAGUUCAGAUCAGUAAUCGCCGAUUUUCAAUACGGAAAUGUUUGAACUUUCAAUAGCUGAUAAAAUAAAAUAUUAAAUAAUGGAUGAAAAACAAACUACUCCAUCUGAUAUGAAGGGAUAUGAAGAAUUAUUGACAAUAGGCAGAGGUGCUUAUGGUACAGUAUAUAAAGCUCGGGAUAAAAAUACUGGUAAUAUUGUGGCUCUUAAAAAAGUGGUAGUUUCUCUUACAGAAGAUGGGAUACCAAAGAACACUCUAAGAGAAAUUUCCUUAUUAAAGCAACUUGAUGGUUAUGAACAUCCAAAUAUUGUGCGAUUAUUUGAUAUUUGCCAUGGUCAGCAAAAAGAUAAAGAAUUGAUUAUGUUUCUAGUCUUCGAGCAUGUAGAACAAGACCUCUCAGCUUAUAUAGAUAAAGCUGUAAGUAAGGGAGGAAUUCCAACAAUGAUUAUAAGAGAUAUGUCACGAGAAAUACUUAAUGGUGUUGACUUCCUGCACUCUAACAGAAUUGUACAUAGGGACCUUAAACCACAGAAUUUGUUGGUUUCUAAUGAUGGUCACAUUAAACUUGCAGAUUUUGGAUUGGCUAAGACCUAUGAUUUUGAAAUGCAACUUACUUCAGUGGUUGUAACUUUAUGGUAUCGUGCACCAGAAGUGCUCUUAGGAUUGACCUAUGCGACCCCAGUUGAUAUAUGGUCUGUGGGUUGCAUAAUUGCUGAGUUAUACAAACUGAGCCCAUUAUUUUGUGGCACUUCAGAGGGUGAUCAAUUGAAUACAAUUUUUAAAAUAUUGGGAAAACCAUCUAGAGAUGAAUGGCCAAAAGAAAAUGUAUGUGUUAAGUAUGAUUCUUUUGAGAUUGUCGAUGCCUCUGGAUUAGCACAGAUGAUUCCUAAUCUUUGUUCAAAUGCAGAAGAUCUUGUUUUGAGUAUGCUCACGUUUGACCCCACGAAGAGGAUAAGAGCACUGGAUGCUUUAAAUCACUCAUAUUUCACUGAGGAACCAUUGAAUACAUAAUAUUGUCGUAUUUUAUUUUUUUAAUAUUUAUCAAGCACUACAGGCACUUGUAGAUACCUCAUUCAUCACAUAUUUCAUUUGAAAUGCUGGUAAUGAAUAUAUAUAUAUAUAUAUAUAUAUAUAUAUAUAUAUAUAUAUAUAUAUAUAUAUAUAUAUAUAUAUAUCUAUAUAUAUAUAUAUAUAUAUAUAUAUAAUAUCUGAAUCAACAAAGUUAUAUUUAAAUUAAUUGUUCUGUGGAAUAUUGGUUAAUAUACAGUUUUUCAAUUUUUAGGAUAUUAUAUUGAUGCUAUUCAUAAGAAACUAAUUAUCGACGUUAGGUAUAUUCUAAUCAUGGAAACUGACUGUAACUCAGUACUGUGUACUUAAUUUUCUGUAUUUUUUUUUCGAUUCAUAUUGUACAGUUUAUUGCUGCAUCUUUAACUUUUCAAAGUUAUAAUUACUUUUGAAUAAUAUUUUUUUUUCUUUCGAAAAAUAAUUGAUAUUAGGAUAUGAUUAUAAAUGGCUUGUCUCCCCA